AUGGAUAAAGACAACUCAGGACAAGUUUCGAUGCAGGAAUUUAUCGAUGCUAUUCAGGUGCUUGGAAAGUACACAAAACGGACUUUGUCACAAGAUUACGUGGCUCAAAUAGCCGAGAGCAUCGACUUCAACAAGGACGGAUUCAUCGAUCUCAACGAGCUGUUGGAGGCAUUCCGAAUAGUGGAUCAACAGAACGGCAUCUAG